AUGUCGGACACGGAGUCCUUCGCGGUCGUGCCCUCGGAGUUCGCCGAGGGGCCCGUGGUGCCUUGCCCCUUGGUGCGCCGCAGCAACGGGGCUAACGUGCCCUUCCUCGAGUACAGGCCGAUCCACGACGCCCACCUCAUGAAAGAUGGCCACAUCAAGAAGCAGCAGCAAUGGGAGAGAGACAACAGGGACAGGUGCAUCGAGGCCCCGCACUUCGCCGAGGCCGAGGCCUGGGCCGCCGCUGAGGACUUGAUUCAGCUGCUGAGGUGCGACAAGUACUGGGGGCGCUACUGCAUUGAGGCCAGGGAGUGCAUCGGGCGGUACGGGUACAAGUGGAAGCCCCCGAAGCAUUGGUUUUGA